ACCCAUUUGCUCUGCAGUGAGCACCUUCUCAAAUACGCCUGGCAAGUUUCAUUUCUCAAAAAGCCUCCACCCACAGAGCUUUAGCUCUGACUCACACACUCACAAGGGCUCAAUUCAAGAGAAGAUGGGUCUCUUGACGUUUUUCGCCGCAGCUGGUGCUGGAGCAGCCGGUGCAGUCGUUGCUGCUCCAGUUGUUCUGGGGACUGUGGGUUUCACCAGCGCCGGGAUCGCCGCAGGUUCUUACGCCGCAUCAAUGAUGUCAGCUGCCGCUGUGGCGAAUGGAGGGGGGGUCGCAGCUGGAACAAUGGUUCCAGUUCUACAAGCUGCUGGUGCGGCUGGAAUCCCAUUUGUGGGUCAGGCAGUUGUGGGCGCUAUAGGGGCCACUGUGGGCACAGUUUUGCGGUUCUUUUUUUGAGCUGACCAUGAGUCAGAAAUAUUCUGUUUCUGUUGAAUAUACAAAUAAAAUUUUCUUCAUUA